CGUCCUGCAGGCAGCAUGAACUCCCUCCCUGGACGAGCCGCUUUGUCCCUGUGCAGGCGCGGUGCGGCCGGGAUGCGGGUCCCGGCCGGGGCCCCGGGCCACCCCCAGGUCCGGGUCUGCCACUCCGGCUCCAGUCGCAAGGGCAUUGUGCACACGAGGAAGAGGGGCUACGACAUCACCAGGAACCCCCACCUCAACAAGGGCAUGGCGUUCACGCUGGAGGAGCGCCUGCAGCUCGGCAUCCACGGCCUGCUGCCGCCCUGCUUCCUCUCGCAGGACGUGCAGGUGCUGCGGGUCAUGAAGAGCUACGAGACGCGCGUCAACCCCCUGGACAAGUACAUCCUCCUGAUGACGCUGCAGGACAGGAACGAGAAGCUGUUCUACCGCGUGCUGACCUCCGACAUCGAGGAGUUCAUGCCCAUCGUGUACACGCCCACGGUGGGCCUGGCCUGCCAGCAGUACGGACUCGCCUUCAGGAGGCCGCGAGGACUCUUCAUCACCAUCCACGACCGGGGACACAUCGCCACCAUGCUCAACUCCUGGCCCGAGGAAGACAUCAAGGCCAUCGUGGUGACGGACGGCGAGCGUAUCCUGGGCCUGGGCGACCUGGGCGGUUACGGGAUGGGGAUCCCCGUGGGGAAGCUGGCGCUCUACACGGCCUGCGGGGGCGUCCCGCCGCAGCAGUGCCUGCCGGUGCUGCUGGACGUGGGAACCGACAACCAGGCGCUGCUCGAUGACCCGCUGUACAUCGGACUGAAGCACAAGAGGAUCCGGGGGAAGGAGUACGACGACCUCAUCGACGAGUUCAUGGACGCCGUGACCGACAAGUACGGCAUGAACUGCUUGAUACAGUUUGAGGACUUCGCCAACAGCAACGCCUUUCGCAUCCUCAACAAAUACAGGAACCGCUACUGCACCUUCAACGACGACAUCCAAGGCACGGCCUCCGUAGCUGUGGCCGGGGUCCUGGCUGCCUUGAAGAUCACCAAGAACAAACUGCUGGACCACAAGUUUGUCUUCCAGGGAGCCGGAGAGGCUGCUCUGGGCAUCGCCCACCUCCUCAUCAUGGCCAUGGCCAAGGAGGGCGUAAGUCGGGAGGAGGCGGCCAAGAGGAUCUGGAUGGUGGACUCCAAGGGCCUCAUCGUUAAGGGGAGAGGCAACCUGAACCACGAGAAGGAGGAGUUCGCUCACGACCAUCCGCACCUGAAGACGCUGGAGGAGGUGGUGCACACCGUCAAGCCCACGGCCAUCAUAGGCGUUGCCGCGAUCGGAGGAGCGUUCACCGAGAAGAUCAUCAAGGACAUGGCGGCCUUCAACGAGAGGCCCAUCAUCUUCGCCUUGAGCAACCCCACCAGCAAGGCCGAGUGCACGGCGGAGCAGUGCUACAAGCUCACCGAGGGGCGGGGCAUCUUCGCCAGCGGGAGUCCGUUCAAGAAGGUGACGCUGGCGGACGGGCGCACCUUCUACCCCGGCCAGGGGAACAACGCCUACGUGUUCCCCGGCGUGGCCCUGGGCGUCAUCGCCUGCGGAGUGCGGCACAUUUCUGACGACAUCUUCCUCACCACGGCAGAGUCGAUCGCUGACAUGGUGACGGAGGAGCACCUGGCAGAGGGACGACUGUAUCCUCCACUCAACACCAUACGAGAGGUUUCCUUCAAGAUCGCAGUGAAGAUCAUCAACUACGCCUACAAACACAACGUGGCCUCGGUGUACCCCGAGCCUAAAGACAAGGAGGCCUUCGUGCUGUCUCACAUCUACAGUCCAGACUACGACUCCUUCACCCUGGACACGUACGGCUGGCCCAAGGCGGCCAUGGAGGUUCAGGACGUGUGAUCCGCGCGCUGCCUCCCCUCAGAAAACUCCUGCAGACGACACUUGCCUUCUGGAUUUGUGCGUUAGUCUUUUAUACAUGUCGGUAAAUGCCUCUCACAAAGACCAGGCAGUAAAUAAUCAUUACUGUACCUACUGAAUGUUUAAUAUACCAUGAAGAAGUUCGGCUCCCUCAGUGCUGUAUGUUUUAUUUGAUCUCUUCCGUGAGAGGAAUAUUUCAUAUCCACCCAGGAGCAUAUCACACAACACCAAGCUAAAACUACACUCCAUUUACUAGUUUCUAUCAGCUUGCAUUUCUGGCUCUGCUUCGUUGUGAGCAUUGGGUAUUUCUGAUGAUCAGCACUCCUGUUUUCUUGACUGUAUUUGAAGGAAGUGUGUGUUGCCUUGAGUUUUGUACAGAUAUCUUUCUGUUGUGUUUUUUGCCAAAAAACUUUGAUGGCCUGUAUCUUUUACUCUGAGCAAAACGUGAUGCUGUGCAGGCUUUAGUACUGAGAUAUAUAAGCUUUAAGUUUUCAAAGGGAACAUGUACGUUUUUGAAUAAAAUUCUUGGAAAACUA